CGUGGAAGAGGUUCUUCCCCCAGAAGAAGAAGAACAAGGCGCCCGGGCGCCGCUUGCGUUCGCGAUGGCGUCGUAAGAGGCCGCCGCCACCGAAGGCGAGCCCCGGUCGAGCCGGGCGGUGGGACGUCCCGCGGAACCGGCGAUGCGGUGAAACCCGCUCCUGCGCGAAGCCGUUCAACACCGCGAUGCUGGCCACAAACGACGUCGGCAGAAGGAACUCCAACAUGUCGGGCAGGUCCUCGCAGGACACCGUGGACGGCCAAGGAGAAAAUACUAUGGACGCCACAGACGAAAACCGGAUCAUCCAACCUCCGCCGGUGCCACAGAGACGGCGCGUGCGAUGCCUGUUGCCGAUGCUCUUGGCCAUGUUUGUGGUUCUCGUGGGUGUCCUUGCCACUCCAGUGGUCGUCUUUGUCCUCGAUGGUAAAGGUCAACUACCCUUCUUUGGCAAGAAGAACGAAACCACGGUCGCCGAGCUUAGCCUGGCCGCUAUUACGCAAGCCGCUACGCCGAAAGCCUCCGGCGCGACGUCCUCGUCUUCGCCGAUUGACGAGCCCCAAGAUAGAAUCGUUGGAUUGACGACGCCACCGCGCCCGAGAUCAUCGCAUGCUUCUACCGGCGAUCUGGCGGCCGGGUCCAGAUACCACGCCGCACCGCACCACAAGCCCGACUCGAACCGCGAACGCGUCUACGCGCCCAGCGUGGCCGGCGCAGCAGGCAGUACCACGAUGGGGCCCACAGCAGAGAUACAGGCUCUCAGCGAGCAAGUCAUUGCCCUACCCAAGGGAGGAAUCAUGAGCAAGCUGCGGGCCGCCGGCGCCGUUGACGCCGCCUCCGCAAACACGCAUAGGAAAGCUCGCCGCUCCAGGUCUUCUCAUGCCGCCAGUAGCCACUUGGAGCGCAGUGGUGGCAACGACACGGCAUCAACUACAGCGCCAAAGUCUCCGAGUCCCCGUCACACCGUGAGCGGCGCCGUGAGCGGCACGAGCCAGGGCACCAUUGCCAGCGCUGCAGUGAACUACAGCAGCAAUGUCAAGGAUGAUUCGGGUCAUCCUUCUUCGGUGCCCACCACUAAUAGUAGCAGCAGGCCAUCCUCGCACUCCCUAAACGUGCGACACAAGCGCAUAAUUCGGAACAAAGCCAAUCGCCGAAAGCGUGGAAAGAAACCAAUUACUACACGCAUCACAUCAAGAAAAGGUUUCACCAAGCACGCUUCUUCACAUCACGCACGCACCGUCGAAGAACACUCUGUCACAAACGUCAACACAAGAAGACCACUUGGCCGAAAAUUGCAGAUAUCGAAUACGAUUGUGUCUCUCGAGCUUCGGCGCAGACGUUCCACCAGAAAUUCCGGGAGCGGAGUCAAAAAGGCGGAGAUGACGCCGUCCGGUCGUGACAGCAACGAUUCAUUCGCGCUCACCAGCAACAAAGACGACGCUUUGCCGUUGCUUCAUUCGGGAACGCAGGGCAAAUUAGAGGGUACUUCGCCUAGCAGUGGUUCCGGGAAACACGGCACGUCUGCAGAAACCGCGAACACAAGCGCCAUCACUAUGCGGGCUUGGACAAAAGGCCGUAUGUUCACUGCAGCUCCAAGCUCCAAAAACACCACAUCCUGGUUUGUCGCAGCCAACUCGUCGUUGGAACCUGCUCCAGGGGCUACACACAGUGUUGUAGACCAGGCUCCAAACAGUAUGUCGCCGAAUUCUGGGGCAGAAUUAAAACCCGAAAACGACACGCAGAUUGGCGGUGGUCAUGAGCAUUCUGUAGGUAGCCGUGGAAGCGCCGGAGAAAUGAGUAAAAGAAAGGAAAGCCCUCGACGUGGGAUAAAAGAAGUAGAGUGGGAAACAAGUGGUGUCAGCGCGCUGAAGAAGAAAACAACCGCUGUACAUGCCGCAGGAGUAGACGCAUCGAAAUCAACGAACCCUAAAUUAUCACAAACCGUGCAGGCGGAGUUGGCCCCUGACCACGUCUCCACAGAUGAUUGGCGAUCCUGGCUACUUGUUAAUAACACGCAGGCCGAUCAUAGGUCGUUUCCCACCGAUAAUGUUACGAUUCCCAAUGAGGAGGAAAAAUUUGUCGACUUCACCGUAAGUAGAAACGGAAAUCAUGACGAUGGCGACAUGGAACCCAAUGGUAACGAAUCAGAGAUGCAGAGAAGAAAUUACAACGGGGAGCUUACUCACCGUUUCAAAGGAAUAACUGAGACGUCUUCGCGUCCUAAUCUUGGAAACUUUACGUCAGGUGUCGCUUCCGAGAUAUUUAUAUCGAGUUCCACACCUCGAGUUACCAUAGGAUCGGAAGCACGCCACUACACCGGCUCCUUGACAAGAAAACAAAAAUUAAUUCAUAAUGGUAGCCAAGUAGAGAGCGAGAUUAAUGCAAAGAAUGAAAUUCAAAGAAAAGAAGAGAGCGCGACUUUGUCAUCUCCAAAACUUGAGAUACGACUUGUCACUAUAGCUACAGCCACACCUGCAGCUAAAACACUCGCAACCUUCGUCACAGGUAAUGACGCUCCAGAAGAAGACCGUACAGGUGACAGGAAGUCAAGUACGCCGCAAAAGCAAAAUGGCAACUCCUUAGAGGGCGACAGCGCCGGCCUUGUCGAGUUGGAACUGAACUUCGUGCCGAGCAAGAAGGAAACGAACAAGACGUCAAUGGCUACGACUCAUGCAGUGGCUUUUACGCAAACAGUUCACAAGGCGUCCAAGACAACUGCUUCGAAACAAAGCGACACAAUUCAUCACAAGGCGAAGCCUACAAACCAUCCACAUUCUACGAUCAUAUCGGCAAGUGGACCCAGCCAGCAGCCUUUCAGAGAACUGGUUGCACAUUCAACCAAGGGUCAAGCCAGUACGUCCACGUCACACGCGACCAACACCAUCACCGAUGCUAGCCUUGGUGCUGGAAACACUAGUAAGCGAGGCCAAGCGACAGCACGCGACGAUUCCGAUGACGAUGAAGAUGAUGACGACGAAGACAGCGAUGAUGAACAAUCAGACGUUCCGACCACGUCACAAUCAAAGACAAAUCCAGCGUCAAUGACACCUCACAUCGUUCUAAAUUUUAAGGGCGCAUUUGGUAAAGCGAGAAAAACGAGCACGCCGAAAUCGGCAGCAUCCGUCACAGAGCAGCGGACAGCUGUGAAAAGGGGCUCUGAAAAUUCUACCACUCAUUCAACGUUGCACCAUUCUUACUCAACGAAGCGGAAUAGCGCAAACGGCCUCUUACAUCUUGGUGGGACGCACAAAGUCGGUAGCGCUACCACGGCCGGCAGCGCAGUGACUCUGAAGCGUGAUCAGCGAUCUCAGCUAGCUAACCAACGCGAUAUCACGAACAACUUGUCCCAUGUUCCUGCCGUAGGCUCGGGGGAGGAGAAAAAGCAAAUGAAUGGAGCGCUCACUGCCCCAACUCAUCCUCCGGUAAACUUACGACCAGCUGGGUCACCUUCUAAAGAUGGUGUGCUGUUGGUAAGUACAGUAUCGGCAUCCACCUCUCACAGCGACGACGGAGUCAAGCAAUAUACCUCGGUUAGGGGCAGCGAUGACGGCUCCAUCUGGCGCACGAUACCUCCUGCUAAAAACGCACCCUCAUCGACGACAAGGGCAACUGCGCUGCCAGACUCGGGCGUCGGCGUAGAGAACUACUAUGACGACACCAAGAACGAGACAUCGUCCGGAAGCGCUGAGGUGGACGAAAGCGGCGGCGAGCCCAAGACGAGGAAUCGCCGAAUAUCCGGCGAGAUGAGCACGACUACCAAGUCGAGCAAAAAGCCGGACGUCUUUCAGACGGAGUACUAUUACGACGAUUCGCCAUCGCGCAAGACAGAGGAAACGACUACUCUGGACGUCACGGAACCGGGCUACGAAAGCGCGCCUGAGCAGGAGGCCAUUGACGAUCUCUUCUUUUAAAACGCGCGCCACACAAGCGAUAUUGCUGCAGCAAGGCCACAGCUGUUCGUUUAACAAGAUGCGUGCUGUGGAGCAGUGACGCGAAGCCUUUGAAGGAAGAGAACAGUGCCUGUGUUCCCUAUCAAGCUAAAAAACAGGCUGAUUCCUCAAUUGUGUCCACCCGACCCAGGCGUCUCAAAUGUGGACGGUCACCGACGCUGAGAAGCUGCUGUGUGUCGGAGAAUUCAGCUCAUGCUUGCAUUGAUGCUAUGUAUCAGUAAACAAGCAUAUACCUAUA